AUGGAUGAAAUUGAGCCUUUUAAUCACUUCCGAACAGGAGACCACCUCAUUGCUGGACUCGUCACUUUAGUAUUUAUUAGUGUCCCACCAGAAAGCUUCACAAAGCCUCCCUUUUUACAAGAGAACCUGGAACCAACGAUGCAAUGGCACCACCUUGCCUUCUCAUUGGCCAUUCAGGAGAUCAACCAGAAUCCCAAGCUCUUACCAAAUAAUAUCACCCUCGGCUACACAGUCUAUGAGAACGUUUUCCAUCCCAGGGUGACGUAUAAUGCUUUGAUAGACCUGCUACCUUCUGCCCAGGAGACCAUUCCAAACUACAAAUGUGGCAAACAGAAUCAUGUCUUGGCUGUUCUUGAAGGACCUGUGUCUGACAACACCGAUGACAUUUCAACACUCUUGAGCGCCUACAAAGUCCCUCAGGUCAGUCAUGAUUUUCAUUUGGCAGUUCUUAAGGAUAAAACUCAGUUCCCUUUUUUCUACCAAUUGGCCCCAAAGGAAGAAGUCCACUACCUGGGAAUUGUCAAACUGCUCCUGCAUUUCCGAUGGACGUGGGUUGGUCUCUUUGCUUCAGAUAGUGACAGUGGGGAAAAGUUCAGGAGCACCUUGACACCUCUCAUGCUCAGGAGCGGCAUCUGUGUUGCCUUUGCAGAGAGCAUGUUAGAACAUGGUGUUGGUUUCACUGCUUGGCCAGAUGAAAGAAUGCAACGCUUGAAUUCAUUUCUCACUCAAGGCCAAGUCAGUGCAUUUGUUUUCUAUGGAGAUGUUCUAUCCAUAGUAUGUCUUGAAAUACUCAUACGAAAGGCUGAAGAUGAAAUGAAUGUCAGACUGCGUAAAGUUUGGAUCACAUCUCUUUCGUUGGACUCCCUCUUCAGCUUGGCAUGUCUUUCUCAGCCCUUUGAUCUUGUUACUCAUGGAUCUUUCUCCUUCAUGACUCAGACAAAGGAAAGAACAAUGUUUUCCCAUUUACAAGGAUGUAACCCUCUUAUUGAGGAGUUCAUGGAGACAGCAUUUGAUUGCUUCUACUCAAAGCCCAUUUUGUCUGCAAGAGGCCACCAGAGAUGCAGAGAGAAAGAGAGGCUGGAGGACAGGCGCUGGGAGGCCCUGAAAGAACACCUGCCUCCCAGGGCCUACAAUAUUUACACCUCCAUCCAGGCAGUGGCACAUGCAUUACAUGCUGCCUACUCAUCCAGGUCUGAUAGGAUGAUGAGGACUGGUGGAGACAAAUGGGAACAUGAACCAGUACAGCCUUGGCAGUUUCAUCCUUUCCUGAGACACUUCCAGUUUCACAACAUUUCCAUGGGUGGAAAGGAUUUGGUUGAAGAUGGGGACCUGGAAGCAGACUUAGACAUUGUGAACAUGAUUGUCCUGCGCAACAUUUCCAUCAUGCUGCCUGAUUCCAGGUGUACCCAAAGGUGCCUCCCUGGACAUGUGAAAGUGACCCUGGAAGGAAAGCCCAUUUGCUGCUAUAACUGUUCUCUGUGUGGAGAAGGAACCAUCUCCACUCAGGAAGAUGCAGAUCGUUGCCUCAAGUGCCCAGAAGAUCAGUAUCCCAACCUGGACCACACUCAAUGCAUUCCCAAAGUUAUUACUUUCCUUUCUUACGAGGAGACUUUGGGAACUGCCCUCGUUGUUUUGGUUGUGUUUUUGUCCACAGUCACACUUCUGAUUCUAGGAAUCUUCAUUAAAUAUACUGAAACACCAAUAGUCAAAGCCAACAACCGAAACCUCACCUUUAUUCUUCUCAUCUCACUCCUGCUUUGCUUUCUGUCCUCCCUUCUAUUCAUCGGCCAGCCAAGGAGAGUGACCUGCCUUCUCCGACAAACCACCUUCAGCACCAUCUUCUCAACUGCUGUCUCAUCUGUGUUGGCUAAAACGAUCACUGUGGUGGUGGCAUUCAUGGCCACCAAGCCAGGAAAUAGGAUGAGGAAAUGGCUGGGGAGGAGUCUGGCAAAGUCCAUAGUCAUUUUGUGUUCCAUUGUUCAAAUUGGCCUCUGCCUCAUCUGGCUGGGCAUCUCUCCCCCCUUCCCAGAGUUUGACCUGCACUCCCAUGAUGCACAGAUCAUGUGGCAAUGCAAUGAAGGGUCUGUGGCCAUGUUUUAUGGUGCCCUGGGUUACAUGGGCUUCCUGGCUGCCAUCUCCUUCACGGUGGCUUUCCUGGCUAGGAAGCUUCCUGGGGCCUUCAACGAAGCCAAGCUGAUCACCUUCAGCAUGCUGGUUUUCUGCAGUGUUUGGGUGUCUUUUGUGCCCACCUACCUGAGCACCAAGGGGAAAUACAUGGUAGCCGUGCAGGUCUUCUCCAUCUUGGCCUCCAGUGCUGGCUUGCUGGGCUGCAUCUUCAUCCCCAAAUGUUACAUCAUUAUAGUGAGGCCUGGUCUGAAUGUCAAGGACCAUCUCAUGAUGAAAAGUCAAGAUGAAAUUUGA